UUAAUGCAUCAGUAACAGUUGUCCCUAAUGGCAAUAAUCCUGGUCAACUGCCAAAUUAUAUCUAUGUAUUUGGCGGGUUCCACAUGUAUACUGAUGAAGUUUAUAAUGACUUAUAUAGAUUAAACGUGACUGAAAUGAAAUGGGAGGAUGUGAUUUAUUUGAAAGGUGUUCGUCCAUCGAAAAGGAUUAACCACUCAGCUUCACUGUGGAAUCAGGAUAAAUUGAUUAUCUUUGGUGGCACAGACGAUGAAGAUCAAUAUUGUGAUGAUGUAGUUAUUCUUGAUCUGAAGUUUAUGACAUGGGAACGUCCUGAAGUAUCUGGCCAUCGUCCUCAAGGACGUUCUAAACAUUCUGCAACGAUUUAUAAUGAUAAAUUGUAUAUAGUGGGUGGUUAUUCUGAUAAUGAAGAAACUGCUGGUGUAGUAUCCUCUGAAGUUAAUUGUUUAAAUUUACAAACUUGGAUCUGGGAACCUCCAAUCUCAUUAGUUCCAAGACAUUCACAUGUUUCUUUCAUUUUUCGGAAUCGGCUCUACCUUUAUGGAGGAUAUAACGAGGAAAUGGAUCGAGAAAA